GUAUUUGGCAAUGACACCAAUUCACGCACGAUCUGGAAGAUAAUCGAUCUAACUAAUACAGACUCAGCUCUAGCCUUUGCUUCCAAGCAACACAUUCCAGAGACAUCAGGACCUGCUGCAUAUCUCAGGUCGAAUCCAAGAGCCCGCAUUCAAAACAUGCCCGGCGACGUCCAAUUGCCGCAUGCGCAAGAGGAGAUGAAGCUCAAAGAAGAAGACGAAGAGAGGAUGAAAAAGAAACGGAGCGCACCUGACAGCAGUGUGUGUGGGCGGAAGAAGAGGACAUGGUGUCUAUCCGACAGUCUAUCCGACAACGACAGCGAUGAUGUGCCUCCACUGCAGAUGAAGUAUUCGCGGAGGCCUGUAGAGCUGAAGGCACAGCGCAGAUUCCGCCUGAGGGAAAAUGCCCCACCACCUGUCCCACCCGCCUCGGGUCCAAAGACUCGACUCCCUUUGGCUGCAUUGCAGAAUCUACUAGCACCGGCUAUCAAGCUAGAAUCUCGAGAGGUGACCCAAGCGAGGGAAGAAGCGCCACCGACUCUCAAUGGUCUUGUGUGCGGAGCUGACAACAUGGCGGCAUUGGCUGCGAAAGUGGCCGCUGAAAUUAACGCGUUCCGAGACGGCGAAGCUCGAGAGAAUGCGCAGCUCGAGCACACAGUGGAAGGGCUGAAGAAGUGGAAUACGGAGCUGGGGAAGAUGUAUGCACAGCUGGAGAAGACGAAUGCGGAGUUGGAGAAGACGAACGCCGAGUUGAAAAAUACGAACGCGACGCUGCAAAAUGAGAUGCGGGAGCUACAUAGCGAUGCUGUUUACGGCCGAGCUAUCCAGGGUUUACACAACCGACUGACCGGACGCCAAACUCGGUGAUUCUAGUCUCGCAGAUGCCGCUUUUCUAAUCCUCUGGAGAUUUUCCUGGUCUUGGUAGCUACACAAUGUUUCAUGUCUCACUAUGUAGCCAGCCAGUUUUUCCCCCCUUGUGGUUUUCAGCUGGAGUUUUACUACCCUACAUUGCUCAUUACCGAAACAGACGAUGAGUCAGUUUAGAUUGCAUACAUUAACGCUCUGCUAAUUAAUCUAGUUGCGGUGCAAACAUUGAAC